GGAAAUGUAAAAAGAUCAAGACUAACUUUACCUCAUUAGGCCUGUGGUGAAAAUGAGUCUCAAAUAAGUUAAAUAACUUGCCCAAGGUCUCAUGGAGUUUGUGGUUAGUCCUCCCCAUUCCUAAACUCAGUGUUCUGUGCAUUUAGAUGACCUCUUAGUCUAGGUGCCAUUCCCCUCUCUUAAGUCUGGUCACCAGUCAGUCACCAGGUUGAUAUGUGGCUGGAGGCUAAGCUGGUACCCAUUACUGUAUUCUGUGUCCUUAGGAUUGUACACCUGUGCCUGCGCAAGGCAGACCAGAAGCUGGUGAUCAUCAAGCAAAUCCCGGUGGAGCAGAUGACCAAGGAAGAGCGGCAGGCAGCCCAAAAUGAGUGUCAGGUCCUUAAGCUACUCAACCACCCCAAUGUCAUUGAGUACUAUGAGAACUUCCUGGAGGACAAAGCCCUCAUGAUUGCCAUGGAAUAUGCACCAGGCGGCACCCUGGCUGAGUUCAUCCAAAAGCGCUGUAAUUCCCUGCUGGAGGAGGAGACCAUCCUGCACUUCUUUGUGCAGAUCCUGCUCGCACUGCAUCACGUGCACACCCACCUCAUCUUGCACCGGGACCUCAAAACCCAAAAUAUCCUUCUUGACAAACAUCGCAUGGUUGUCAAGAUCGGAGACUUUGGCAUCUCCAAGAUCCUUAGCAGCAAGAGCAAGGCCUACACGGUGGUGGGCACUCCAUGCUACAUCUCCCCUGAACUGUGUGAGGGCAAGCCCUAUAACCAGAAGAGCGACAUCUGGGCCCUGGGCUGUGUCCUCUAUGAGCUGGCCAGCCUCAAGAGGGCCUUCGAAGCUGCGAACCUACCAGCACUGGUGCUGAAGAUCAUGAGUGGCACAUUUGCACCCAUCUCUGACCGGUACAGCCCUGAGCUGCGCCAGCUGGUCCUGAGUCUGCUCAGCCUGGAGCCAGCACAGCGGCCACCGCUCAGCCACAUCAUGGCGCAGCCCCUCUGCAUCCGGGCCCUCCUCAACCUCCACACGGACUUGGGCAGCGUCUGCAUGCGGAGGGCAGAGAAGUUCCUGGCCACCGGCCCGCCCAUAGCCCCUGGCAGCACAGGGAGCAGGACCACAAGUGCCCGCUGUAGGGGCGUCCCCCGGGGACCUGCACAGCCAGCCAUUCCGCCGCCGCUGUCAUCCGUGUACGCGUGGGGCGGGGGGCUCAGUGCUCCUCUGCGGCUGCCAAUGCUCAACACAGAGGUGGUCCAGGUGGCCACCGGGCGCACACAGAAGGCCGGUGUCACUCGCUCCGGGCGUCUCAUCCUGUGGGAGGCUCCGCCCCUAGGCGCUGGAGGUGGAGCCCUGCUCCCUGGGGCUGUGGAGCAGCAGCAGCCCCAGUUCAUCUCACGUUUCCUGGAAGGCCAGUCAGGUGUGACCAUCAAGCACGUGGCCUGCGGGGACCUCUUCACAGCCUGCUUGACUGACCGAGGUAUCAUCAUGACCUUUGGCAGUGGCAGCAAUGGGUGCCUAGGCCAUGGCAGCCUCAAUGACAUCAGCCAGCCCACCAUUGUGGAGGCCCUGCUGGGCUAUGAGAUGGUGCAGGUGGCCUGCGGGGCCUCUCACGUGCUGGCUCUGUCCACUGAGCGAGAACUAUUUGCCUGGGGCCGUGGAGACGGUGGCCGGCUGGGACUAGGCACCAGGGAGUCCUACAGCUGCCCCCAGCAGGUGCCCAUGCCCCCAGGACAGGAAGCCCAGCGGGUUGUAUGUGGCAUCGACUCCUCCAUGAUCCUCACUGUGCCUGGCCGAGUUCUGGCCUGUGGGAGCAAUAGGUUCAACAAGCUGGGCCUGGACCACCUCUCCCUGGGGGAGGAGCCUGCCCCCCACCAGCAAGUAGAAGAGGCUCUGAGCUUCACACCACUAGGUUCUGCGCCCCUGGACCAGGAGACACUGCUGAGUGUGGAUCUAGGCACUGCUCAUUCGGCUGCUGUGACUGCCUCUGGUGACUGCUAUACUUUCGGCAGCAAUCAGCACGGGCAGCUGGGUACCAAUGCUCGCCGGGUCAGCCGGGCACCUUGUCAAGUGCAAGGUCUCCAGGGCAUCAAGAUAGCGAUGGUGGCCUGUGGGGAUGCCUUCACUGUAGCCAUUGGGGCAGAAAGUGAAGUAUACUCUUGGGGCAAAGGGGCCCGAGGUCGACUGGGAAGGAGGGACGAGGAUGCUGGACUCCCUCGUCCAGUGCAGCUAGAUGAGACACACCCCUACACAGUGACUUCUGUGUCCUGCUGCCAUGGAAACACUCUCCUGGCUGUACGCCCCAUUACAGAAGAGCCAGUCCCUCCAUGAGGCACCUGGAUACACCUCUGGACCACCCUGAUAUCGCUUCUCCUCUGAAAGUUCUUGAAAAGUACAGGUGCCUGAAGCAUGACUGUCCCUAUUUGCACCCCCUGGAUUAUGUCCAAUGGGGAAUUAGUGAAGCCCCUACACUGCUUUUGGCCCUGAAUAUGUAAAACUCAACCCACCCUAUUCCCCUAACACCUCUCUCUUUCUUCCCUACCACUUCUCUUAAGUCAAUGCCCCCAGGGUCUAGCUUGGCUAGAGUUGGAAGCCAGACCUAACCCUUGGAAGCAGAGUGGUCUUCAGAGCCUUGGCAGAAAAAGGCUGGAGGUGGAUGUGGCUCCACCCAUACCCUUGCCCCUUCCAGUCGAUUAGAAAAUGAAUUCUUGGCCCAGCUGGUGUGGCUCAGUGGUUGAGCGUCAACCCAUGUACCAAGAGGUCACCUGUUCGAUUCCCGGUCAGGACAAAUGCCCAGGUUGU